AUGAUAGCAUCGCUCCAUGACCCCCUAACUUCUGCGACAGUUUUGCGAAACGUUAAAACACUACGUUUCACAGACACGGUCUUGUGUUUUUUACAGGGUGAAUCUGAAUACGAAGAAUGGAAAUAUCACAAAAAUAAGAACAUUGUUGAAUUGAUCGAGGAGUUUUCAUCUCUUACUGUUCCUGCUGUUCUCUUACUGACACAGCUACCCCGACUACAACCGGUAAAAUUUAAAAGUAUAGAACAUGGGGCAUCCCGCUAGCUUUGGGAAAAGGGGCGUGUGCAAGGGGGUGGGUGCCAGUUUCCUUAUUAAAUCCAGAAAACUGUUGGCAGUUACAAUAUACAUGGUACUUACGAUAUGUGUAUCAACGAAAGUUUACUAUGCACGGCAAAUACUUUUUAUGACCAAAAUGUCGAUUGGUUUAUAUCCAAUUUUUCGAACAAAUGAGGCGUUGCACACCUUUGGCUAUUAUCUAAAGCCUACUGUACUCCCCUGAUUACUACUGUAUAUAAAACAAUUGUUAUAUAGUUAGUGUCAAAGUUCAAUUUUUCUGUUUGCCAAUUGGUCAAAACCGUAUCACGUGCCGGUCCACAAAAUGUCGUGUUCACUGCGUGCUUUGCCGAGGAGGCAACCGGUCCACAAUGAAACAUUUAUUGACCGGUCAAUAAUAAAAUGGGUGCAAUACGCAUGCGUGUCAACCAUGAAGUUCCAAAGUUCAUUUUUUGAACUUUUUAUUAAACAUUUACGGCAUUCCAUUUAUCCAGUUUUGGUUUCAAAUUAAGUUCACUCCAAUAACCGGAAAAUUUUUCAUACUUUGACACUGAUAUACUAUAUAACAAAACACUUAUUUACUGAGACCUCGGGAAAUCAGUGUGUUUUGUGGCCCCGCGACCGCCGUUGUUGCCCUCGGGUCAACAAAACACACUGUUUCCCUCGGUCUCAGUAAAUAAGUGAUAAUUAAUAUGCCGUAUUAUUUAUUUCUUACCAGAGAUUCUACUCUAUUUCAUCGUCACCUCAAGCACAUCCUGGAGAGAUCCAUGCCACGGUUGCUGUUGUAAGAUUUAAAAAAGAAACUAAGUUUCUACAAAGAUUGUUAUUAUAG